CUUACUUUAGGUCAUCUUCGAGAAUACAUAUUCAGAUGUCAGUCAAAGCAAACAAAACAUCGCAAAGAAAUUGAAUUAUAUUUAUUAAAUGUUAUGAUGUUUUAAUUGUGUAAAUAUACAGCGUUGUGGACUUGGUUUUAUACAUUGAAUAUUGACCUACAUUCGUUGUUGAGUAUGGAUGCAACGUUCUGUUUCAUUCUUGAUAUUAUGAUACAGCAGACGAUGUCGAAGUCUAGAGGUUCAUGGGGUUCUUGGUUUGAGUUUUUGUUUUCGGCCUUGGGCUCGAUGGUUGGUCUUGGCAAUAUUUGGAGAUUCCCCUACGUGUGUUACAGAAAUGGAGGAGGUGCUUUCCUUAUUCCCUUUUUCGUGGCCAUGGUCGUCUGCGGUUGUCCUCUCCUGUUCCUGGAAAUGCUUUACUGUCAGUACUCCAACCUGGGUCCCGGCAAAGUUUGGAUUAUCUGCCCAUUGUUUAAAGGGAUUGGCUGCGGAAUGAUGGUCAUAACCUUCGUAGUGUCCGUCUACUAUACUAUGAUCAUGGGCUGGACUUUGUACUAUUUGACAAUGUCGUUCAGUUCAAAGCUGCCAUGGGUAGAACACAGUACCAUCAACAGCACACACAGCAGAGCAGAUGUCGGAGCAGAUCUGAACACGUCAACCCUGUCAUUUAACGUUAGCAAAAGUUUUGUGUCUGCAGAAGAGACAUAUUGGUUCCAAAACGUAUUGCAAGUGUCGCCAGGUAUAAACACACUUGGGAAGAUCUCCUGGCCACUUCUGAUUUGCCUGUUUGUUUCCUGGCUUCUUGUUUUCUUGUGUCUCUUUAAGGGAAUUAAAAGUAUGGGCAAGGUUGUGUACGUGGCUGCGACCUUGCCUUACGUUUUACUGACUAUCUUGCUGAUUCGUGGCUGUCUGAUGCCUGGUUCUGGCAAUGGUUUGUACUAUUACAUGGUGCCCUCUUGGGAUAAACUCUUGAAUUUUGAGGUUUGGCGAAGUGCUGCCACCCAAGUGUUUUUCUCUAUUGGCCUUGGAUUUGGUCUGAUUUCUACAUUGGCCAGCUACAACAAGUUUCAUAACAACUGCUACAGAGAUGCGCUGAUCCUGCCUGUCCUGGACUGUGUCACCAGUGUGUAUGCUGGAUUCGUUAUAUUUGCAUAUCUCGGCACCAUGGCUCACAACUUAAAUGUUGAUGUUGAUAAAGUUGUUGAUGAAGGUCCAGGUUUAGUUUUCAUUGCCUACCCAAGUGCCCUGUCUACUCUUCCACUUCCACAGCUGUGGUCAGUUUUGUUUUUUCUGAUGCUGUUUUGUGUCGGUCUGGACAGUCAGUUUAUGCAUGUUCAAGGGGUGACAACUGCAUUACUGGAUUGUUUUCCUAGUGUGUUCAAGUCCAGGCAAACCAGAUUGACCUUAGGUUUGUGUCUCGUCAGUUUUCUGCUCGGGAUACCAUUAUGUACACAGGGUGGUUCUUAUAUCCUAAAUCUACUCGACUGGUACAUCGCAAGUUUCUCUGUUAUGUUGAUUGUCGUUAUUGAAGUCCUGGUGCUGGCAUGGAUCUAUGGUACUGAAUGUCUGUAUGAUGAUCUUCAAGCAAUGCUGGGUUAUCGACCUUGUAAAGUGUGGGUGUACUUCUGGAAAUAUUUAACACCUGCAUUUGUUCUCACUCUUUGGACUGCCGGUAUUGUCGGAUUCAAAACGAUAGGAUCUGUCUAUCCUGGAUAUGCCAGUUGGGCUGAUGGUAUCGGCAUCUUUGUAGCAGUGCUUCCGAUACUUCCCAUACCUCUCAAAAUGAUAUGGACUCUAGCGAAACUGGAAGGUAGCUUUCAACAGAGGUUAAAACAGUCAAUACGACCUUCACCUUCAUGGCAGCCUGCAGUAGAAUUAGAAUUGGAAGAAGACUUUAUGAUAUGUGAGAGCGGGGAACUUUUCAAACAAUAAACAGAAAUAAAUUGUUAUUGUUUUUUUAAAGCUAA